AGUGUUCACCAUGUCUCUCAAGGUCGCUCUCGUCAUCUUCGCCACCGUGGUCGUAGCCUCCGUGGCUGACCAAAUACCAAUCUACCACGAGCCCCAGUAUGGCCCCCCUGCCCCAAGCUACCACGCUCCAGUAGAGGAAUACCCUGAUGCGCCUCCUCAGUACAAAUACAACUAUGGCGUGUCCGAUGGGUACUCCGGCGCUAACUUCGGCCACUCCGAGAGUCGUGAUGGCUACAAGACUCAGGGCAGCUACACCGUGGACCUCCCCGACGGCCGCAAGCAGAUCGUCACCUACGCGGACAACGGCGACGGUUUGGAGGCCCAAGUGACCUACGAGGGUGAGGCACAGUACCCUGAUCACCACCCUGCGCCAGCCUAUCCUGCUCCUCCCCCAGAGCCUAUCUACGCUCCUGAGCCCGUUUACGCCCCCGAGCCUUCCUACCCCGCCCCGCCGCCGCCACCUCCCGCCUAUCCUGCCUAAGUGUCCUCAGGAUAGUUACCACACCUCAACACCACCGUCCCAACCGCGCUCACUGAUAUCUUCAGCAAACCUCCCCACUACAACCUGCCCAAGCUCUCCACCGACCUCUGAUACUCGUCCUAGAUCAGCACGUUCCGCACCCACCGCUCCCCGCCCCCAUUCCCCAUUCCCUGUUCCUCUCCUAUCUCUCCUUCCCCAGCUUACCUCGCACCCACCCCUCCCCCACUACAGCUUCCAUUCAGCUUCCCCUCCUCUCCUACCUCCCAAUUAACCCUCCCAUGAUCUCCAGCAUAUUGUCUCCUCGUGUUGUUCCCUCUCCUCACCUCAGCCCCUUUCUGCACUUUCUAGCACCGCCGCUCCCUCGCCCCCCGCACGUAGCUAGUUGCCCCUGGCUGGUCCAGGCGACAUAUGAGAGUACUGGGUCCUCUCAGGUGCCAUACGUCAUGAUGGAUUGCAAUAAAGUUUGAAAGUCA